UUAUCUAUGUGGCCCUAGGUGCCCUCAACUCAGAGCAACAUUCUAGCAAAGCCUCCUGAGUGUUACGAUUACAGAAGUGUGCCACCAUCCUCCACCUCUGAUGGAGUCUAAUUUUGCACUUUUGGUCCUUUCCCUAGGCAGGUUUCCCUGUGAUUCUAUAUCUUCAGCUGCUCAGGUCCCCUGACCUUGGACAGAGGCCUAAAAAGGAGAGACGGAAGAGCUAGAACCUUCGUUGACUCUGCGGCUUAUCUUCUUGCCAACACACUUACCUCCGCUGCCACAGCCCCAAGUCAUUCCCCCUCUCCUGGCUCUGUCAGACACAGGCACUGAUUGCCCCACAGUGACCCCAGAGCAGCAAUAAAAGGACACAGAGCUGGGAAGGGAGCACCUGCCACUUGCACCAUGAAGCCGCCUACUGCUCUUCUGCUGCUUGGGGCUGCCUUGCUCCUGAUCUCAGGCACAAAUGGUGAGAUUUGCCCAACUGUGGAAGAGCAUGUUAACCUAUUCAUACAUGGAACAUCUGAUGAGUAUAAUAGCUUCAUGGCAAAAUACAUAAACGACCCUGAAACACUGGCCGCCGCCUCCUCUGUUAAACAAUGUUCUGAUGGCAAGUUAACAGAUAAGGACAAGGAGAAUGCAUCCAGUGCAUUGGAGAAAAUAUACUCAAGCCCUUACUGUUAAAUGAUCCAUCCAUGCCUAGAGACCCACAGAAGCCACCUGCCUGAUCACUAUGUAGUCUCAGCAACCCACCACAUCCAGGUAUCUGACUAGAGGAUUCCAGCAAUAAAAGCUUUGCAAUUCA